UGUACGCUAACAUAGAAUAUAUGACUUUCCAAAUGAGGACAUACUUUUUAACUACGCCGCCGUAUAUGUGUAAACUGGCUUUAUUUUCUUUUAUUAUAUUUACUGCAACGGGAGACCUAGAGAUCUUCGCAGAAGCGAGAAAGCUGAAUAAUCAAAUCGACGAAGCUCCGCAAGCAAGUAUUCCGAGCGUUUCGGCGAGGGACGACAGUAUAAGCGAACGAGGCCUUUGGGGUUUCUCAUUCAAAGUACCUUUUUUAUGUCAUCUUGGCCGUAACGAGUGUGAGUUAAAAAGUGACUGCCCCGAAGAUAGGCAGUCGUGGAUUUUUGGUUGCGGAAAGGGAUAUGUUUGUUGCAAACCUGGACAUGAAGUCGAGGUCACCCGAGCAGAAAAACUAGAAAGUUUCCAUAGAGCCGAAGAGACCUCCGAUUCAGAACGUGAAUUAGAACACACCCGAGAUGAAAAGCGAGAUAUUGCUCCAGGAGCCGAAGAUACCGCUGAUUCAGAACCUGAAUUAGAGACCACCCUAGCAGAAGAGCGAGAAGUUUCUCCAGGAGCCGAAGCCACCACCGCACUUCAAAUAGAUGAUAUCCGAGCAGAAAAACGAGAAAGUUAUCAAGGAGCCGAAGACAGUACCGCGGGCCUUGAGUCGUGGAGCCCCCCCGUGGCCAUCGAAGGUGACGCAUUCAUGUGGACGGAGGACCUGCGCCGUGCUCCUCCGUGA